GCCGCCUUGUGUUCCGCCACGAGAUGGCGCUGUAGAGGCUGCUCCCAGUCAGGUCUCUGCUCUAGAUCCUGCCCAGUCUCGGCCAUUACAUUAGAGGGUGCGGGGAAGGGAUGCUAAAAUAUGGGCCAGUGAGUGAGCAUGGCGUAUGGGGCUGAUGACAGAAGGGCACCGGCCUGGAGAUAGAGGAGGGCGAUGAUUGCACUGGGAGGGGGAACAAUAAGGCCGCUCAUUACACAAGUGUUCCUCCCCCCCCCCCAAAACCCCCCACGACAGGAGUAAUGGCAACAUCAGACAAAACAAAAAAUGUAGGAGAACAAAAUGUAAUCUGGCUGCAGAAGGCAAAAUGGCGCUGAGCUGCAAUGUUGAGGGCAAAAUCUAUGUGAUGCACCUAACACAUGAUGGAGAAAUACCUAGAGAUAAGCGUUGCCAUGGUCACGCGGCUUGCAGGUUGCCACGAUGUCACUUCCGCACCACGUGGUGCGCACAGGGCGCCGAGCAGGAAGAGCGGCUGGUGUGUCCACGGCGGACGCUGAUGGGGGGUUGCCUCAUUGACAGGUGGGAAGGACCGUACCAAGUCUUACUAACCAGCAUGACAACGUUAAAGGUUGCCGAAAGAGAGACUUGGGUCCACUCGUCCCACUGUAAGAAGGUCGCUGACCCAGAGAGAACCUGUGAGAAAGAGCAGAGUGUAGAGAACAUCGUAUCACUGGAGUGUCUGUUCUGGGAAGACUGAGAGGCAGGACUGUUGUCACGGCACCUGAGCGCGGAGAACAACAAGACCAGAGGCGGUUGUCGCACCAGUUUUCUUUUCCUUUCUUUUUAUUUUUCUCCAUCUCCCAUUACCCUCCUUUCCUCCCCCUUCUUGUUCCCUUUCUCUCCACUUAACAAGAUGGACUUACCCCAAGAGACUGCAAUCCGGGUUUUCCUGUUAACCUUGUUGUUGACCAGAACAGUCUGUUUCGGUGAGAGUACCAGAGAGGUCGAGAAAGGAUCUGGAAUGGGUUCUGAUGGCAAGGACGGAUUUGUAGAAUUCCAAGAGCAACACAUCAAUCGAGCAAAGGCGAGUAUCACAAAACGAUCUGGUAGUCCGGAAACUAGGAGGCACUGUGAAGGGUUAUUGGCUGAGGAAAAUUGCAUUUGUAGGAAUUGUGAGAACAUAGUUGAGGAUGGGUGCAUCCAGAGAUGUCAGUCCAGCCUUAAUAUCAACAUGGACCGUCAUCCAUUGAGUGAUUACCACUCACUAGUGGGUAAGGUCUUAAACCAGACAGAAUGCUGGAGGUACUCGAAUUACGGGGUGGGAGACCGGUGGACAAGAAAUUUAAUAUUUCUAGGCCCCCUAGUUUGAAGCUCCACCAGUAUCAUGUAGAUAGAUCCUUAGUGUGUUUCAACAUUUCCAAUCUCCGAAAACCAGGAAAUUGGGAGGUGACAUGGAAUAACCAGACCAUGGCAUUUUCGCAUAGAGCUGAUAGGUUACCCGUAGACUCUGUCCUUAUACGCCAAAUAGCCAACAGUGGAAGGUAUUUUCGGUAUAGGUAUACUGAAGGAAGUAAGACCAUGCGGGUUGGAGAAGUAUCACCAGGGUACUGUGCGCAUAUCAUACAGCCUGAUACUUGUACUGAACAGAUGAGAGAACUAGGGAUUGGGUUUUUCACUUGGAAACUUUGUAAUAUGGUAAUGUCAUAUUCUGUCCCAUAUGUUCUCCCCGAUGAUGCUUAUUUCAUAUGUGGGAGGAAGGCGUAUAAGUGGCUUGCCCCAAACUCAGAAGGAUUGUGUUACAUUGGAAGAGUGAUGCCAGAGGUCAUGACCAUAACCCAUGAUAAGAUGAAAGACGUUCACCGCAAUGCUCAGGCUCCUUAUACUCACACUCAUUAUGAACACAUCGUUAAGAGACACCUCAUAGAUAGGACAGAGCACGUAGCCUCUGAUUUGAUCCACGAAUCCACCGGGAUUCAAUUCCUUCUCGCAUUAGCGAUCACCCGUACUGCCAGAGGAAUUAUAAAUUAUAGGUACAUCCAUGCGCUAGCGAACUUGAUAGAUAAUAUCACUGAGAUGUAUGACGACACCUUCAGGUAUACGGGUAGGGAAUUGCAAGCUUACGAGACGGAACUGAUCCAGCACAGGAUGGUCCUCAAUUAUAUCACAGCCGUGACGGGUGGGUACUGUGUCACUUUGGCAACUCAAUAUGGUGUGAAGUGCUGCACGUAUAUUACAAACAGCACUGAUGACCUAACCGAGAUCAUCGAUCAAAAGAUGGACAAUAUCUUGCAGUUGAAGUGGGAGUUCCGAAGGAGACACAACCUUACCCUGACUGCUGUGAGUAAUGAACUGACCGGCUGGGUCUCAUGGUUGAACCCACGCAAUUGGUUCUCAGGUUUAGGAGAAUGGGCUCAAAAUGUUAUUAUGAGUGUAGGAAAGUUUCUCCUUUAUAUCCUGGGAGUCGUCAUAAUUAUUGGCUUGAUAUUUAGGUGUGUUCGAAUUUUAACGCGGCGCAAGCACAGCACAAAAUUGAUGAGUCUAAGGAGCGGGGGCAUUGUUACAGCAGCAGAUUUAAUUUACGACCCAUCCAUAGAGACAAUGGGGGUCAUUCCGAGUUGUUCGCUCGCAAGCGGAUUUUAGCAGAUUUGCUCAUGCUAAGCCGCCGCCUACUGGGAGUGAAUCUUAGCAUCUUAAAAUUGCGAACGAUGUAUUCGCAAUAUUGCGAUUACACACCUCGUAGCAGUUUCUGAGUAGCUCAAGACUUACUCGGCUUCUGCGAUCAGUUCAGUGCUUGUCGUUCCUGGUUUGACGUUACAAACACACCCAGCGUUCGCCCAGACACUCCCCCGUUUCUCUGGCCACUCCUGCGUUUUUUCCGGAAACGGUAGCAUUUUUUCCCACACGCCCAUAAAACGGCCUGUUUCCGCCCAGUAACACCCAUUUCCUGUCAAUCACAUUACGAUCGCCAGAACGAAGAAUAAGCCGUGAGUAAAAUUCCUGAGUGCAUAGCAAAUUUACUUGGCGCAGUCACAGUGCGGACAUUGCGCAUGCGCAUUAAGCGGAAAAUCGCUGCGAUGCGAAGAUUUUUACCGAGCGAACAACUCGGAAUGACCCCCAAUGUUAUAAGGAUUGCAAAUGAAUUCCAUGGCCCGUUUCUUUCACCCGUUUUUUCCUUUGUUUCCCCCUCAGCAAAAAUACACCCAUCCGGAAAAGACUUCGAUCAACACCCAAGAAUGAUUAUGAAAAUGUUAUGUGAAUGUAUUUUAGAUAUGUGUCUUAUCUUCAUCUCUACAACCUCCAGUUAAUGACACACAGUCGACAGGUGAUAUCCACAUAUAUUAGCACUCACAUAUGUUCCCCCUCCAUUUAUCAUCAACUAAAUGUGCACCCCAUUUGUUGGAACAAGAAGCAGAAAAGAGCUCGGUAGUGUUUGUUGGCCCACUUACAGACCCUUAAUACGGGAUGAGAAGGAUUUAAUGUAUACUUCGCAAUACCUUGAAGCUUAUCUAGAACAUAUACAACACGAUGAUACAUGCCCCUCAGACAUGGAUUCAUGCAUACAUGCUUUUACUAUCCCACUAGGUCAUACAUUUCCCACCUACACCUCUCCUCCUACCAUCCAAUUAUCUGUAGAUAUUGUAUUGUAUAUUUUUCUGUUUAAUGUUUAGUGGCAGUUAUUGUUGACUGCCAAAGGGUAGACUGUCAAAGUCGAAAAAUAUUGUAAUGCAUACAUCAUGUACUAACCACACACACAUGCCCGCUGCGCGUGCACUUGUUCCGCCGUGCGUGCACGUAUCCGCAAUUUGCGUAUGAUCGCUCCCGCGAUCCUGCGCGUGGUCUGGGUAUUUACGGCGGAGUUUGUGGGUGCAUAGGGGGUUAUCAGAACAUUACAUAUUUAAUCCAAAUAGUGCACAUUGUACACAUAGCCCCCCUGCACCACAUCAGCAAGUAUCAACAGUUUAAAUGAUUCCAGGACUAAGGGAUUCACCUUUGCAUGAUAGGAAGGGACAGACUAAGGUUAUGAGGUGAUGUCUAGUAUCCAGCUGUAGGGUAUUUUAAGGGUAACAUUCCGGUGUUGGUUAGAGAAAGAUCGCAUGUUCCUGCGUAUAGUUAUGUGCAGAAGUAGAAUAUAGAUAUAAACUGUAUUUACUGUAUAUUAUGUAUGCGGCGGGAAUCCAGAGGAGACCACCCACAAGAGCAGUUGGGAAAGACAUCGCCCACCUUUUCAAAUCAACCUAUGACCUCUCCUGUAAUGUAAAGAUGCAUCUCUGUGUCCAAUGAACAAAGGGAUUACAGUAACCAUUGUAUUGUGUAUGGAAGUUGUGUAUAAAAAGCCUAUUGCUGCCUGGCCGGUCAGAAGACUCUGAACGCUAUCUACCUGAUGAGCGGAGGACUGGUCCAGGUUGCGCAAGCGAAUAUUCUCACGUAUGUACAUUGACUGUAGCCAUUAUUCUGUUGUAGAUUUAUCUUGUUAGCCUUGUAAUGUAUAACUUGUAUUGUUAUCCCCUUUCAAAUAAUCCACUGUGGUGUUAGAACCCAGCGGUUAACUACA